AUGGAGUUCAUGCAGAGCAUUGACACGUUGGGAGCGAAUAGUUCGAUGGAAAUGCCAUUGGGAGAGAUGUUGAACUGGUCGGACUUUGGGUUCGCAGAGUACUCCGACUUCCACCCCCACGGCAACUAUCGCAGAAUGGACUGGAUUGAAACCCUGUACACCUUCUUCAUCUGGGAGACGUGGGUGUCGAUCCAAAAUAUGGCGUCCAAGGAGCUGCUCUACCCGGCAUUUCUCUAUACCCUCAGCGUGGCCUGCAUCGCCAUUGCUCUCAACACCAAGGAACGCUACCGAGGAGCAUGGGUUGCCGCCUCCGUUGCGAUUGGGUAUGUGAUCCUCCAGUGUCUCAGCCCUAUGAGCCUUGAGUACGUGGUCAAGGACACCCUGAUCAGGGUCGUCAUCAUCCACAACAUGGGUGCUGUCGUUAUGAUCCUCUGGGAGAAGUUCUGUCUCACCGAGGAGCAGAAGAAGCUGUCUUGGGGGAAACGCGCCAUCGCGACAUACAAGAUCAUGUGGAACUCACGAUUUGUCAAAACGUCCCGGCCUGCUCCUGUCUUUCACCUGUUAAAGGCGGAUGAAGAGCUUCGAAAGGCCGCACUUGGCGCUACCGUGGAAGAGGAGGACUCGGAAGAACUCGACGAGCAUGCCGCCGGCCUUGCUGGAAACACCGACGACAACUACAGCGACGGCCUCCUUCACAUCAAAAGCGCCUGCAAUGGUGUACGACAAAUCGGCUAUUGGAUCUGGAGCUGUAUAGGCCUGCCCGUGGUCCGGCUCUGGAACUGGAUCGGCCAUAGGAAUCGCUGGAUCGUGAAAACAACCGCGACCAUCCUCAUUGUCUGGGUCUUGGACCGCGCAAACGACCACGUCCAGAUAUUCAUCGGUUUCGAGUGGGAUGAUAUCCAAAUCGACAGGACCGUUUUCUUUCGCCGCCUCAACGAAGUCACCCUCCAUGAGGUCAUGGUCCGCUGCGUCUUCGCCGUCCAAUCAAUCUGGUCCCCCUACGCAUUCUACACCGAGGUGCAUUCCAUCAUGGCCAUCUUCUUCGUGGCCCUCCGCAUCGACGAGCCUGAGGAUUGGCCUCCCGUCUUCGGCGACAUCCGCCAGGCCUGGAGCCUCCGCCGUCUCUGGAGCAAGUUUUGGGAUCGGCUCAUCUACCGACCGGUCAACGGCCUCGGCGAGAUGUUCAUGACCGCCGUCGGUCUCGGCCAGCGACCGUUCCGCGGACAGAAGCGUUGGUUGCUCAAUGGGCUUGUCUUCUUCAUCAGCGGCAUCUUCCACGCAGGCACCGAUUACAUCUCCGGCAUCCACUGCGCCUGGAUGUGGGAGAUCUGGUGGUGGAACAUGAAUUUUGUUGUCAUCGCCGGCGAGACGGCACUGCUCUACUUCAUCCGAGCCUACUUCCCGCGCUUUUACGAAAAGAUGAGCGGCAAAGUUGGCAAGACGAUCGGAUUUCUCUGGGUCUUUGCUUGGUUUUUCUGGUCCGCUCCUAAGCAACAUUUCAGGGCCAUGCACUGCAUACCUCCCUACUAG